AUUGCCACAAAUAUCGCCGAAACUUCUGUGACAAUUCCGGGAAUUGUUUACGUGAUCGACUGUGGAUUCGUAAAACUAAAAUGGUUCUCGGCGGAAAGUUGUAUCGACUCGCUCGUCGUUGUUCCGGUGAGUAAAGCAGCUGCGGAGCAACGUGCAGGACGAGCGGGACGCAUUCGCAGCGGAAAAGUCUAUCGCUUGUACACGGAAGACGAUUACAAUGCGUUGCCGGAACACACGCCGCCCGAAAUUCGUCGCACGGAUCUCUGUUCGACCGUUUUGCACUUAAAAGCUCUCGGAAUUGACAAUAUUUUGCGAUUUGAUUUCCCUUCGCCGCCUCCUGCGAAGAAUUUAUUGGCGUCAAUCGAGACACUUUUCGCCUUGGAAGCACUCGACGAGAACGGCGAUCUCACAACGCCCGUCGGAUACUUCUUAGCUGAGAUCCCAAUCAACCCCAUGAUGGGUAAAAUGCUUUUUGUCGCCGGUGACAUGGGCUGCUCCGAGGAAAUCCUGUCAAUUAUCGCCAUGCUUCAAGUUCAAUCGGUUUUCUCGAAACCCUCAUCGGGCAAGGGCUCCAUUCAAGCUCGUGUCGCCAAGAGAAACUUCGAAGUUGCCGAAGGAGAUUUAAUUACGUUGCUAAAUGUUUACACGGCUUUCGUGGCGGAAGAUCGUUCACGUGAAUUUUGCGCGCGAAAUUGUUUGAUUUACAGAAAUUUAAAGAGAGCGCAUGAAAUUCGACAACAACUUUCGAAUUUGGCGAGAAUUGAACUCAAUAUCCCACUUUUGUCGUGCAACGGGAAUGUUGAUACCAUUCGUCGAUGUAUAACGGCGGGAUAUUUCCCAAAUGCCGCAUAUUUGCAUCAUUCGGGCGUUUAUAAGACCGUCAGAGGGGAGAUUGAGUUGAAUGUGCAUCCGUUAUCGUGUCUUUACACGGAAAUGUUGCCAUCGUGGAUUGUAUAUUGCGAGCUGCAACACACAACGAAGCUUUUCAUCAAGGAUAUAACGGUCAUUAAACAAGAAUGGCUCACGGAACUUGCACCUCAUUACUAUCAUAAAACCACAAUGCGUUGAAAAAAAUUUUUUUUUCCUAUUUU